ACCACUACAUGUGAUUAAAGCUACCCCAUAAUCAUAAUCAUUCCCACAGCAAUAGUAAACUUCCACAAUCCACAUCUCUCAUCAAGCAACCAAGCAAAGCUUCACUCCACUCCACUCUCUAACUAUGUCACAGUCACCAUUGUUCUUCCCUGCCCUUCAUCACUAUCAUCUCAUUUUCCUAUCAGCUUUGUUAAUCACAUCCUGUUCUUCCACCCAAGCAAACUCAUGCAGAACCUACUGUGGCAACAUAACAGUAGAUUACCCCUUCGCAACCCAAUACGGUUGCGGCCACCCCGGCUUCCGCGACCUCCUCUUCUGCAUCAACGAUGUUCUCAUGCUCCACAUCGCCUCCGGAUCCUACAGGGUACUCGAAAUAGACUACGCCUACCAGGCCCUCACCCUUCACGAGCCUCACAUGUCAACAUGUGAGGACCUAGUCCUUGGCGCCAAAGGCAACGGCUUUGCGCUCGAGCCGUGGCGGGCUGCGUACAUGAACCCCACGCCGGACAAUGUCUUCAUGCUCAUUGCAUGCUCGCCUCGGUCGCCUCUGUUCCAAGGCUUCCCGGGGAAGCACCUCCCGUGCCGGAAUGUGUCCGGCAUGGGUUGUGAGGACUACUACGGGUGCCCGGCCUGGGACAUGCUGGGCCACAAGCGCGCUGGCUCAGCUGGCUCAGCAUUCUUCGGGUCGGGCCCGCCUGAGUGCUGCGCGGUGCCAUAUGAGUCUAUCAAGGGGAUUAAUCUUACGCAUCUUGAGUGUGAAGGGUACAGCAGCGCUUACAGCGUGGCGCCGCUGAGGGUUGAUGGGCCUGGGGAUUGGGCCUAUGGAAUUCGUGUGAGGUAUUCUGUGCAGGGAAGUGAUGAGUUUUGUGGGGCGUGUGAGGCCACUGGAGGGUCUUGUGGGUAUGGUUCGGAUGGGAUUAGGCAGGUUUGUAUGUGUGGGAAUUUCAAUUCAACCUCCAAUUGUGAUUCAGUGGGGAUUUCGGCUGGAGCAAGGCCUGUGAGGGUGAAAAUGUCUGCAGGAUUGUUGGCGUGUAUGUUAGCGUGGAUGACAAUCAAUCAGAUUUGAAAAGUAUGGCAGGAUAAGGACAGCAUAAACUGGUCUUGAAUUCCAUUUUGUAAAUGUCAUUUUUUGUUUGAAGAGUGUGCACAUACAAUGAGAGUGAUGAUAGAAUGAGAGUCUUGUAUUCUCCAUUUUCUUAUGAAAAAGACCUUGAAAGCCUUCAAAAAUAUGAUUCAAAACCCAUGGCCAUGCCAAUUUAGUUG